CUUAUUUCUUACAAUUAAGAUAUGGGAUCAUACAAGAUUGAGUUACCUCUUCUUUGCUUCAUUGCCUCAUUCUUCUUCUUCUUCUUCUUUCAUGUCUCCCAAGCCCAAAACUCUCCAUCAGAUUACCUAGCAGCUCACAAUGCCGCCCGUUCAGAGGUUAGUGUUGGAUCAAUGACAUGGGACGACACAGUAGCUUCCUAUGCUCAAAACUAUGCCAACCAAAGGGCCGGAGAUUGCAAUCUCGUGCACUCCAACGGACCUUAUGGUGAGAACAUUGCUUGGAGUUCCGGCGACAUGUCGGCCACAGAUGCUGUCAAUAUGUGGGUUUCUGAGAAAGCUUACUAUGAUUACAAUUCCAAUUCUUGCACCGGUGGCCAACAGUGCCUACACUACACACAGGUUGUUUGGAAGAACUCAGUUAGGCUUGGUUGUGGUAGAGUUCAGUGCAGCAGUGGGGGGACCUUCAUCACCUGCAACUAUGAUCCUCCAGGCAACUAUGAAGGCCAACGUCCUUACUGAGUUCUUUGUUGUUAUUCAGGAAAUCCUAGUAAACUACUACUUUGCUGUUCCAUGCUUCUAUGUAAUGUAACAUGGGUGAUGGAUCAUCUGUAGUCCUAGUUGACUAAGAGCUAUCUGUCAUCUAUGUAUGUGUCCUUGCUCAUGUUCUCCAAUAAAGGAUUUUAAGUACCUUAUAAAAUUCGCUAA